CAACGAUCGGCUAACACAGCCAACAACAUGCGAACAUGUUGUCUUGUGCUUCCACUACGGAGAUGGAUAUGGCCACUACACUAACCAUCCAUCAUCAUCUCAAUGGUCCUUAACCCACACAUUCUCUGUACCACGAGCUCUAUAGGAUUCCAUAUUCCCACCUACGUUACCACAUUCGCUGUAUACUAGUCUUCACUUUCAGCACCGUCAGAGCUGGCGGCAACUUCCUUAUUGUCAUGGCCUCAUCAGGUCACGACUUCUUCAGCCAUGUACGGUCAAAGUUGCGACCCUCGAGAUCGAGCUUGCUCUUACCCGCAUCCUCCUCCACAAACGAUUUAACUACCUCUAGACCAGAAGUUGAGCCUUGGGAAGACAUUCCGGCAGAGUAUCGCCCAGUGGAAAGGGCAGCUGUACGGCCACCAUCAGACCACUAUAUACCUUAUCGGCCAACUCCGGGACCACCUCCUCGACCGAGGACAACGUCACCCGCUGCAGUAUUUCGACCAAAGCUGAGAAUUGAUACGGGGAACGGACCAUCAUACACCAAACCGAAAGAGCAUCGGCGACGUUCGGACCAAUACUUCUCCACAGGUGUUCUAGAACGAAAUUCUAGGAUGCAUCAACGUAAUCAACAGGCUCAAGAUCGCCGCAAAAGCAUGAGUGUGGAAAUAGCUGCUGCUCUACCACCAGAUCACUUCAACCCUCCGCCGCCAUAUUCUCUCCCUCAAGAAGCUCCCGAACAGAAUAACCACCACAGCCACACGAGACCGCAAUCGUACCAAGCAUAUCAUCCUAAGCCACUGCCAGGUUUGCGUCCCUACGACCCUCGGGACUACGUCUCAACGAGCACCUCUUCGGCCCAUAGCACGUACCAUCCCAGUAACACCAGAAGGGCGAUGAUGGAAGUUCCCACGAUAGAAGCUCAAGAGCCUACGCCUGUAUCGCCGAUCAACAGUCUAGACCAGCAGUACCUGGCGCUCAGGCGACGCGGGCCCAGCAUCACGGUCGACAGUUUGUUGGCACAUCCAAUGCUGCAGCGAUAAAAAAUCCAUGGAGCUUUCCUGUUACCAGCAGGAGCAUGGAGAAGAGGCGUUUUUAAAGCGCGAGCGAGUUUUGACUGAAGCAUGCAUUCCUGGGCCACGCGACGAGGAGCCUUUGGUGGCUUCAAGAUAUACCUGCGCGACGAUUUGAAAUAUCCCGAUAAAUCAUCGUGUGUAAGCCAUGAAAUUGUAUUUGAGCCAUUCAGCAAGUCGAUCCCUCGUUGUCGCAACACAUUUCUUCAGAUCUGCGCACAGAUCACCACCCACGUUACUGGGAUCUAAGCUUUCCGUGAGGUUGGGAAAACAAAGGGAGGUCCCUGCGCAAAAGGCCCCGGCCACCUGAAACGCGGUUUUUCUGGAAGGCCAGGAAAUCCCGUGUGCACAGACCGCCAUGGAGGUUGGCAUGACAUUGCUUGAGCUUACCAGCUUGCCAGCUUCAUCAGCAACACCAGCCUUCAAGCAUACAUAGUUGUAUAUCUUGCCACCACGGGACCGCCGAUCUUGCUGUUCUCAGUCAAUCUACCCAAAAUCCACUCGUAAGCAAUUCUUGAUAAGUCUUACAUCAAACACCCCUUGAACACGUGUGUUUCUCCAACGUGCUUGACUGUUCAGCAGGGUCUUAGUGUUGCUCAAGAUCAAGAUCCUGAUCACAUCUUGGAUAGCGAAGCUCAUCACCUUGGAUACUUGUUUCACCAAACGUGCUUGACUUGCACGGCGGCGUACCGGUAUCGCUCAAGGGCAGAAUCCUGAUCGCACAUUCCUUUUCCUGGCGAAACUCUCAGUCAAACAUGGCGCCAAUCCCAUCGAUUGAUGUGCUCGCCCACGACAUUACAGUCGGCGAUUCAACACCACUGCUGCAACACCUGAAAACUCGCGAUCUCCCUCCCCAAGCAUUCGUCGGGACGAUCAUCGUCCUCAUCAUACUGGCAUCACUCGUCUUUGUUGGUUUCACCUUGGCCGUCGGGAAGAUCUGGUCACUGGUCGCCCAACGAUAUGGUUGGGGUGCAUCUGAACGACGAAGGCAGAUCGACUGGGCCAGACAGAAUAGCAACAACAACGUGGUCUGGUCGACACACAUGGGAGACGACGACCUCCGAGCCCAAUUCGCCGCGCCGUCGAGACUGUCGAGAUUAUUCUCCAUCGGGUCGCUGUCAAGUGAGAAUGGGCGUUGCCCGCUUGAUCGAGGCAUCGUCGCUUCCGCCAGCGGCACCCACGGUCCUGCACAACUUGUCGUUGAUGAGAAGAAGGCCAACCAGGAGAUUGUCGAGGUUGUCGAGAUUGUCGACGGGCUCGACCAUGAAAAGGCCCCUCCCACCACCAAAAAGGUGUUUUUGACGCAGGUCAAAGCAAGAUCGCCGAAGAAACCUUACCGUCUCCGAUACGCAAAGUCACUCGACAAUAUCCGACGCGUCAGCAACUCUCUCAAAGAACUGGUUACUCGAAAGGACAGCAUGCCAGUGCAUUAUAAAAAAUUGAUUGACGAGGAGGACUAGGAGUGAGGAUGAUGAGGAGGAGGGAUGGUGGUCAAUUGUUGGGGGAGAUCUCUUUGUACUGUACUGUACUGUACUGCCAUUCUGAAAUUUGGUGGACGCUUCAUGCAUGACACGACAGGAGGACGAUGACGAUACACGACUUUGGCUGAAAUGCCCUUUUUUGAUGACACCUGUAUUUGAUAACAAGUUUACCUUCAGGUAGUUUAGAUCUCAUGAAACGAGUGAUGAUUUUA